AUGACGGGAUGGGCGGCGCUGAACGGCGUGAAGGUCAAGUCAGAGGGCGGCGAAGGCGUCUCGGCCGACAAGUCCAAGGCCUACAUCUACGUCUGGCAUCCGCACGGCUUCAUCUCUUUCGUGCCUUCCUUCCUCAUGGGAAGCAUGGCCGUGGGCGGUCAUCCCCACGGUCGCCCCUGGUUCGGGACGUGCAUCCCCCUGCUCUUCAACAUUCCGAUACUAGGGGAGAUUUUCUCGCUGACGAAUGCCAGGCCGGUGGACCGAAAGACGAUCGAGACCCUCUUGAAAAGCGGCGCCAGCGUUGCCAUCCAGCCGGGUGGUGUGAAGGAGCAGGCAGCGACGCGGGAAGACCAGGAGCAGGCCUUCUUCCCGGCAAAGCUAGGGUUCAUCAAGCUGGCGAUCCAGCACGGGCGGCCUUUGAUGCCGCUCUACCUCUUCGGGGAGAACCAGCUGUACAAGCGAGUGGGCGGACUGGAGAAGAUCACCAAGAUCAUCCAACGACUCACCGGGAUGACUCUGCCCAUCGUCACCGCCAAGUUCGGCAUUCCGAUGGCCGGCCUGCUUCCCAGGGCAACGGACGUCCACAUCCGCUGGGGCAAUCCCGUUGACGUGGGAGAGAAGGAGGCAGAUCCAAGCGACGAGCGGGUGAAUGAAGUGUUCGAGCGGUAUGUCGCGGAGCUCCAGCGGCUGUUCGACGCCAACGCCAAGGACUGCCUGCCGCCAGCGGUGGCCGCGAAGGGCCUGAAGGUGGUGCGCCUCGGCGCCAGCGAGAGGCCGGCCUCCAAGGCGGUGGCCGCGAAGGGCCUGAAGGUGGUGCGCCUCGGCGCCAGCGAGGGGUCGGCCUCCAAGGCGGACUGAGCACGCCUCCGCUGCGGCGCUGGGCCUUGCCAGAGCCCCGCUCCUCUCAGAGGAGCAAAAGAUAAGAACCGCGCAUCGCGGGGCGCGAUGCGCGAUGCGCGAGGCCAGGUGGCGUGGGAUACCGAUGCCGCUGCUCGUCCUUGCGAGCCCUCGUCGCCGCGGCUGGGUUCUCCUUCGAAGUUCUGGUCAGAGUGCGCCGCCGCGGGAGAGGUCCGGGGAGUAGCGGUAUCGGUCCCCUUUCGCCUCCCCAGUCCCCUUCCUUUUCUCUCGCGUCGUCUGUUGCCCAGCCCUGCCUGCCCCCGCCCCCCACACAAUUAGAUUCCUGCGACCACCUGCGAACUCUGUACCUGCAGGUCCAGUCGUGGCUGGGGCGUCGGGCACCCCCAGAUGGGGCUCGCCUGGCUGCAGAAGACAUCCUUCGAAUUCUCAGAACCCCACCUAGCGCUUCAGAGCUCUGAGCUGCAGGGGUCGGCUUCACAUGUGGUUGUCGAACCUUGUCUCGCCCCUCUAGCUCGGUGUGCGCCUGAUGACGGUGGCGCGGACGAGGAGCGCCCGCGCAGAGAGGAAAAGUU